AUUCUGGAUUUAAUGACACCUUCGUCAACGGCGAUGCUCUCGCCGGCGGUGAUUUUGCAGAAAUGGUCGAGGCGAUGAAGAAGGUCGCCUCGCUGGAUACGGAGCUGACCGUCGAGGAGAGGAACCUCCUUUCUGUCGCCUACAAAAAUGUUAUCGGCGCGAGAAGGGCGUCAUGGAGAAUAAUUUCUAGUAUUGAACAAAAGGAGGAGAACAAAGGCGCCGAGAGAAAGCUGGAGAUGAUCCGUCAGUACCGAUCUCAGGUCGAAAAGGAGCUGAAAGACAUCUGUGCCGAUAUUCUUGGAGUUUUGGUCAAACACCUGCUCCCGUGCGCGUCUACUGGCGAGUCGAAAGUCUUCUAUUACAAAAUGAAAGGUGAUUACCACCGCUAUCUUGCUGAGUUCGCCGUCGGCAACGAUAGGAAGGAAGCUGCAGAAAACUCUCUGGUUGCUUACAAAGCAGCGAGCGACACCGCUAUGACAGACUUACCACCGACUCAUCCCAUCCGCUUAGGAUUGGCGCUCAACUUCUCCGUGUUCUAUUAUGAGAUCCUCAAUAGCCCCGACAGAGCAUGCCGUCUCGCGAAGGCAGCCUUUGACGACGCGAUCGCGGAACUAGACACCUUGUCCGAGGAG